CCACCAGUGCCGGAUCGCCAGCGGACGUGUGUAUGUGCGCGCUCGCUCGCCCGCUUGCCGCCGCCGACGACGACGACGACGACGCCGCUGCCGCCGCCCGAGACGCGAACACCUUUGCCGAGUCACGACACUAUAAUAUAUGACAUUGGUUAUACGCGCGCGACCGCCAACCACCUGCCCGUUUUAUAUAAUAUAAUAUAUUAUUAUUGUAUACGUUAUAAACCAUUAUAUAAUUACACACAUACAUACACACACUCACGCAAACACGUAUAUCUGUCGCAACACAUGCAUACACGUGUAUUGAAUUAAAAUAUUUUUUAACAGUAGCUGCGGUACACAUAAUAAUAUUAUAUAGACCGUACAGUCUUGUUAAAUUUCAGUCGUUUUUUUUAUUUUUUAUUUUUUUAUGUGCGUUUUGAUAAAAAAAUAAUAAUUGUAAAAUUUUAAUUGUUCUCGUCGCAGUUGAACACCGCGGCGUUACACGUCAUUUAUGUGCCGUAUAGAUCACCGUAAAACGUGAUGUUCCACGCGUGAAAAACAAAACAGACAAAGAUUAUAGCCGUCGCGUGUGCCACACAAUACGAUAUUGUGUUAUUAUAUUGAACGCGCGCGUCAUCGUCACUACAAUAAUAUUAUUAUCGCCGUGGUGACGGUGCAGUAAUUACCGCUGCACAAUCGUUAUGUAAUGGUUCGGGGGGGACGACGACGACGAUCGCAACUCACACUAACCGCCGACGCUGGUAAAUCAAAAAAGUUAAUUAAACUUUUGGACUCUCGACGGCGACGUCGACGGCGGCGACGACGACAAUGCGGGUCUCCUCUUGAACGGUGACACGCCGCUGUUGAACGAGUGUAUCUGCUGCAUCUGAGCGGCGGACAUCGGUGCGUGGUCGCAGGAUACGCGGUUCAAAACUCCCCGGCGGAGGGACACGCGUUUCCGAAAAAUAUAAACAAUAUUAUAUUACGAACCAACAACGCCCCACCGAAAUCGAUUUUACUGUCAAUGCAAACCAUUGUACAAAUAUAAAUACACCUCUCUUGUUGCACAACAUCGAUUUUCGUCAUGCAUAAUAGUGGCGAAGAACGCAAAACGCAUGCCGAACUUUUGCACCCCGUAUUGUGUUUCGGUACUCUUUUUGUUUUCGCCCUAUCGGCAAAAGCCUGACGUUCGUACGGUACGACUACGUGCGUUUUUUACGUUUUCGCCGCUUAAACGAUAGCAUCAGAGCCUCUCGUCCGGUACUCAAUACGUUUCGCUGUACCGUCGACAGUCGAUGAAAUCAAAUGCCAAAACGAUGAUACUUCGAGUCGAAGCAUUAAAGAUAAUUAUCAAAAUAUUUACGGUGUUGGCCAACCAACAAGCAGAAUACUAUUCACGACUGACCGAUAUUAUGCACCGGCUUUAGCUACAUCACCGACAUGGAACCGGAACAAAAUCAGAACGGUGGUGGCAGACCAACCACUACCGUCACCGCCAUCACCACCGCCUCCGCCACCGCCACCGCUACUACUACAACCACAAACGCAACCGCUACCGUCUACGGCGACCAACAGGCUGUAGAGGCUGCGCUAAAUGAGUUCAUCGAUAAAAUGACACCCCGUGUUAACGUGUUGGAGAACGAAGUGAUGUACGCAUGGCGAGCUCUGGACUUAUUGUCAGACGAGUACGUGAAAAUGUGGGAGCGUAUCGAAAAACUCGAAACCAUUAUUCAGAAUCAACAGUCUGUCAUCGGCCAAAUGGUUGAGAUAUGUGCAGAGCCGAUUACAUCUCCGUCUACAUACAUGGGACCACCGGAAGUUGGUGACCGUCCCGCACUGAGUAUGAUAUGGGAGGAAUCGGAAGGCAGCAGUAGUAAUGGUACUAAAAAGCCGUUGGAACAGAGGGACGUGGAUUAUAGAGCGUACGAAGACCGGCUAUUAAAUGAAGACCAGGAAAAAAUGGAUUCCGUCGAGUCUGCCAAAGAGAUUUUCGAAAAUAUAGAGCAAAUGGAGAGAAAUAUGCGACAACUGUACGCCGAAGCCCAAUUGGACAGUUGGAACGACGAGACGGAAAGAGCAGCAGCUGCUAUAGAUUUUUAUCCAAUUAACAAGCCACUCACGUCAUCGGUGGGAAACUUACAAAAUCGUAUGUAUCCUUACACGUCUCCGUCCAUUCGAUCGCUUCCCACGAUCCCAAAAUGCGAAGAACCCGGGUACAGGUCACCGACGUUAUUUAUGGAUACAACGUCACAAUCAACUUACAUGGACGACUCGUAUCAGCCACAAUCACCACCCGGUAGUCCACCACCUCCAGCCCCCGAGGAUCCCGUAUUUCCCAGAUCGCUGUCAUCCGCACUGUCACUGAGCUUGCGUCAAUUUCACAAUUCCACCAAAGAACUUAAUUCGCUUCAUCAGUUUCACAGUUCUACUAAGGAUCUGGACACCAUGCACCAAUUUCAUAAUUCCUCCAAAGACUUGGACGCGUUACACCAACACCGAGCAGGUGCCAUAGUCACGGCCAAUAAAUCCGAUUCCGGUCUGUCAUCAAUGAGUGGCGGGUUAUUGUCCAGCUAUGAAAAAUCUCCAUGUUCGCCAGGAAAACGAGUAUUUGAUCAAUCAUAUCAGAUCUCGGUGGCUGGUCCAUCCGGAUUAACGGUAGUAACGUGCGUAACCACUGCAUUUGACACCGAUUAUCCGUACUAUGAUCGGUCGACAGGAGUGUAUUCGACGGCAGGUCAAGGGUAUAAGUACCAGACUACUAACGCACAACAGUCAUCCAUAUCUAACGUACCGGACCUGUUGGACGUAAUGUCGUACAAAGAAUACAAAAAACCCACGGAUAGACCAUAUUCUGGUAUGACAGAUGCGUUAACCUAUUAUCCAAGUACCAUGAACGAUACGUACUAUGGUAGAGAAAACGACAGGCCAGAUAAUAAUCCCAGGUAUAGGUAUGUGACGACGCCUAACUUUCAGAUCCGUUGUGAAGAUGACGGUUCAAGAAGGGAAGAAAAAACGAAAAAAUCUAAACGUAAUAUAAUCAAAUCAGCCAUGAACUCGGUCAGUAGUUCGGUGAGCAAUUGGUUUCCCGAUGUGCACUUGCCGCAACGGCAUCGAUCUCAUUCACUGCCGGGUGGCUUGGAAAGGGAACCCGAUGCGGUUUCCGUACACAGUGAGACAGCGACUACAUCAAAACCGCGUAGUUGGAACACACAAAGGCACGGUAGUCGUAAGAAAAAAAAAUCAAUUGUGUCCACCAUGUCUGGGCUGUUACAUAAAACCGCUAAACCUGCCCCUUUUCAGAGCUCCUAUUCAAUAGCAGAUCCAGAAUUUGCGGAAAAUGAAUGGACUCAGUUAAAAGCUGGAGAUAGGCCAACGCCACCAGAACCACCAACACCCCUGCAACCACCAGAGCCAGCUAACAUUACCAUAGAGCCGCAGGAGGAAGAGGCACAAGAACAAAUUAAUGAAAUUCAGUUACCAGCUGAAAUGUUCAAUGGUCCGACUAAAGAAUUUGCAGUAUCCAGAAAGUUGAGUAAAUAUAGAGAACACUGUAAGCUAUCAAAUGGAGUGGCCGAAGGGGAAUCGUCAGUAAUUCCAGUAGAAAAACGUAACAAAUCAUUAGAAGAACAGCCUGUUAAACCUCACGAAGAGUUUGUGCAGCCAAUGAAUAAUAUAAGAAAUUUUAAAAUGUCAUCUAGACAAGCAAGCUUAGAGGUACCGUGGGCUGGAAAAGGAUCUGCGGACACUGAAGAUGAUAGUAGAAGCAAUCAUUCGUGGAGAAGUACAUCUAGAAUUUCGUCAAGACGGCAAAGUACUGAAGAAAGCAUCGAUAGUGAUGAUGAAUGGUAUUGUUAUGAACUAAAACAAUUAGAAGAACUAGAGAAAAAAACUCAUUUUGAACGGGUAUUUGGGCCACCUAUGUUACCACCACCCAGUGCUCGAAGUGAAUCAUCCAUACUUAUAUCUAAAGUAGAUUUUAAAGAAAAAAUGUCUAAGGCCAUUGAAGACAUAAGAAGACAAUCAGUAGACGAAUCGUUCAACGAGGAUGCUUUCGAACAAGAGCAAUCCUUGGAUACUGUCAUUGAAGAGGAAUUAAUACAAGAUGACGGACCUAUAAGGUUCAAGUUAAUGAAAGUACCGGAUACUCCGGGUGGCAUUAGAAGGGAUCUUCCAGGUCAAGACCUAGACCUGGAACCGGAACAGGAACCGGAACAGGAAACGGAAACGGCCGACGAACAAAUGGUCGUUGAAGAGGACGAAAGUCCCGGUACACCGUCAUUGCCCAGGUUUAAAUUUGAUAAAAACGAUUUAGUAGAUAAAGAAGAGAGUGGCAGUAAAUGGAAAAUCGUGAAAGCUCUCAAGGAAAAAAAACCCGACGAGAUAAACCAGGAUAUUGGACCUCCACCUACUCCGAUUAUCGAGAAUGGAAGAGGGAGCGGCGAAAACAUUAAUAGAGCGAAUGGACACCCUGGAGACAAUCCGUUUUAUAGCAACAUCGACAGCAUGCCGGAUAUUCGACCCAGGAGAAAAUCCAUCCCUCUUGUCUCGGAACUGACAAUGGCCGCCACAAAAAGAAACGCAGGACUGGCGUCAGGAGUUCCACGUCCUACACUCAACGACGAAGAGCUGAAAAUGCACGUGUACAAAAAAGCUCUGCAAGCUCUAAUCUAUCCAAUAUCAUCGACCACGCCGCAUAAUUUCGUCUCGUGGACUGCAACUUCACCGACGUAUUGUUACGAAUGUGAAGGGCUGCUGUGGGGCAUCGCCCGGCAAGGGGUACGGUGCACCGAAUGCGGGGUCAAGUGCCACGAGAAGUGCAAAGAGCUCUUAAACGCCGACUGUUUGCAAAGAGCGGCCGAAAAAAGUUCAAAACACGGUGCCGAAGAUAAAGCGAUAUCAAUUAUACAGGCGAUGAAGGACAGGAUGUUGCAACGCGAACGAGAUCAUCCAGAGAUUUUCGAACUCAUCAGAUCAGUGUUCGGCGUUGAGGAGAAAAGCCAUCAGGGUCAUAUUAAAGCGGUGAAACAAUCGGUUUUGGAUGGUACUUGCAAGUGGUCAGCAAAAAUUGCCAUCACAGUAAAAUGUGCUCAAGGGCUCAUCGCAAAAGACAAAAGUGGUACAUCAGACCCAUACGUAACUGUUCAAGUGGGUAAAGUUAAAAAAAGAACGCGAACUAUGCCUCAAGAGCUCAAUCCUGUUUGGAAUGAAAAAUUUUAUUUCGAGUGCCACAAUUCUUCGGAUCGAAUUAAAGUCAGGGUAUGGGACGAGGACAACGACCUGAAAUCGAGACUCAGGCAAAAAUUAACCAGAGAAUCGGACGAUUUUUUAGGACAAACUAUUAUCGAGGUUCGGACGUUGUCGGGCGAAAUGGACGUUUGGUACAAUCUCGAAAAAAGGACUGAUAAAUCGGCGGUAUCCGGUGCUAUUCGAUUACAUAUCAAUGUAGAAAUCAAAGGAGAGGAAAAAGUCGCUCCUUACCAUAUCCAAUACACGUGUCUCCACGAAAACCUAUUUCACUCGUUGUGCGAAAACAACGCUGGAAUAGUUCACCUACCUCAAGCUAAGGGAGAAGACGGGUGGAAGUUGUAUUUUGAAUCUCCCGCGCAAGAUAUUGUCGACGAGUUCGCCAUGAGAUACGGCAUUGAGUCCAUUUACCAAGCAAUGACACACUUCCAUUGUCUUUCGACAAAAUAUUUAUGCCCUGGCGUCCCAGCGGUAAUGAGUACUUUGUUAGCGAAUAUCAAUGCCUACUAUGCACACACAACAUCCAGCUCCGCCGUUAGCGCGAGCGAUCGUUUUGCAGCAUCGAAUUUCGGAAAAGAAAAAUUCGUAAAGCUGCUCGAUCAAUUACAUAAUUCGCUCAGAAUAGAUUUAUCAAUGUAUAGAAAUAACUUUCCGGCAUCCAGUCAAGAAAAAUUAAUGGAUCUUAAAUCGACUGUCGAUUUGUUGACCAGUAUCACAUUUUUCAGAAUGAAGGUACAAGAACUUUCAAGUCCACCCAGAGCUAGUACCGUUGUCAAGGACUGCGUCAAAGCAUGUCUAAGGUCGACUUAUCAAUUCCUGUUUGCUAAUUGUUAUGAUUUAUACGGCAGAGAAUAUCAGACUGAUCCAAAUGAAAAGAGAGAUGAAGACACGGGACCAAAGUUAGAUGAUUUAGGCUUUUGGGAUAAGCUUGUAGCACUCGUUGCUUCCGUAAUCGAAGAAGAUAGAAAUAGUUAUGCACCUGUUUUGAGUCAAUUCCCCGCAGAACUCAAUAUAGGACAGUUGUCCGCAGCAACAAUGUGGAGCUUCUUCGCCGUAGACAUGAAGUAUGCUCUAGAAGAACAUGAAACACACAGACUUUGUAAAACUUCAGCAUACAUGAACCUACAUUUCAAAGUAAAAUGGUUGUUUACUAAUUAUGUAAAAGAUGCACCGCCGUACAAAGACGCAAUUCCCGAGUACCCAUCUUGGUUUGAACCGUUUGUAAUGCAAUGGCUAAAUGAAAACGACGACGUUUCGUUGGAAUAUUUGCACGGAGCUUUUAACAGGGACAAAAAAGAUGGGUUUCAAAGAAGUUCGGAGCAUGCCUUAUUUUCCAACUCAGUGGUGGACGUAUUCACUCAGCUUACACAAUGUUUUGGGGUCAUAUCGAAAUUGGAAUGUCCCGACCCCGAGAUAUCCAAUCGAUACAUGAAAAGACUUGCUAAGACAAUUGUCAAAGUGUUAUUGGCAUACGUAGACAUAGUUCAAAAAGAAUUUGACGCUAAAGAGCUGGAUGAAAGAACUGCUUGUAUAUUAAUGAAUAACAUCCAACAACUACGAGUACAACUAACAAAAAUGUUCGAAUCAAUGGGUGGCAAACAGCUGGAAGAAGAUGCUACAGAUAUUCUAAACGACUUACAAACGCAAUUAUUAAAAGCAUUAGAUGAACUAUCUGGAAAAUUCGGAAAAAGUUUGGAACCUCAAAUAAAGAAAAGCGUUAAAGAACUUGGUGAGUUAUUGCAAAGUAUCAAAGGAGGUAGCCAAAAUCCACAACAAGUGUCUAUGAUGGAAGUAGAUGAAAUAUUAAGGCCAUUGAUGGAUUUAAUGGAUGGCUCAUUAUCAUUAUUUGCUCAAACUUGCGAGAAACCCGUACUAAAACGAAUUCUUCGUGAACUGUGGAAACUCGUGAUAAGAAUAUUGGAAAGAUCAGUAGUCUUACCACCGAUGAUGGAUAAAAGUAUGAUAUUGAAAAACCUUAGUGAAAACGCUAGAUCGCUAGCAGCUAAUGCUAGAAUUGAAGACAUGUCCAGAUUAAUUAGAAACCACAUGGCUGGAAAGCAAGACGUUAAAAACGCUCUAACUGGAGUGAUGGAUAUGGAAAAGAACUUGAAUACUAAGCAGUGCAGGGUCUUAGAAUCUGCACUGAAAACAAUUAAGACUUAUUUCCACGCCGGUGGAAAUGGACUAAAAAAGAAGUAUUUGGAUAAAAGCUCAGAUCUUUUAUCUUUGUGCUACGCUUUGUCGCUUUACACAAGAUCCACUGACGAACUAAUCAAGACGUUUGUGUUGUCACAAUUACAUCAAGUACCACAAAAAAAUGACCCAUUACCCCGACAACCGUCACUGAUGAGUGGUACCGAGGUAAAAGAUGAAAUGGACGAAAUGGAUUAUGACGAAGAUGACGAAACCGAAGAGGAAGAAGCAUUAGACGAAGCAGAAGAAGAUGUAAAAUCAAUGGGAAGUCGAAUGGAAAAACUAUUUGAAAUUUCAAGAAGACCAUUACAAGAAAAUUACGUAUAUGAAGAACCUUAUGGAGAAAUUUCCAUUAACGUUUACAUUGAAACACAUCCAACAAAUAACGAAUUUAAGCUCACUGUAACAGUGGUCGCUGCCAACACGCUGGUAUGGCCGACGACUGGUAUGUUUCGCCCGUUUGUCGAGGUGAACCUCAUUGGACCGAGACUAGCGGACAAGAAGAGAAAACAGUCGACGAAGAGCAAGUCGGGCAGUUGGAGCCCUAGAUACAACGAAGCGUUUGUUUUUUCGAUUAGCGCCAUCGAAGACUUGGAAUGUUACGAAUUGCAUUUUUGCGUGAAAGACUACUGUUUCGCUCGGGAAGAUCGGCUCGUAGGCGUGGCGGUUUUGCAGAUGCGACACGUUCCGAUAAUGGUCCGUACCGGCGAGUGGUUAGGCCUCGGCAGGCGGAUACAGAUGAACGAGACUGGGUGGACGAUUUUGCGGAUACUUUCACAGAGGUACAACGACGACGUAGCUAAGGAAUUCGUGAAGCUCAAGUCGGAGACCAGACAGGAAGACCAGUCAUCCGUGCAGGGGUCGUAAACGCAGACCGACGUGGAUAUUCAUCGCCAAUAGUCUUCCAGUGAAAACUAAAAAAUUAAGACUAGUUAAAAUAAUAUAGAUUAACUUCGAUAUUAUGUUAUUGUACAAAAAAAAAAAAAAUGAAAAUCGAUCAAGUAAGAGUUGUGAAAAUAGUAAUAACUUAACGAGGGCACAGACAACAUGGAAGUUCUUGUCGCAAUUAAUUAUUAUUGUACCAUAGUCGGAAAAGCGAUAGUUUCGAAGCGAAAUAAUAACGUUGGUCUUUUUCGUAUUCAUUUUUCAUGUAAAAAAAAAAAUAUUUUCAUCAUAGCAAUAAAUUCCGAAAGAAAAAACCACAUUAAAAAUUGACCAACAUUUUGAGUUUUAAACAAAUCAACGGGACCAUUCUCAAAUUAAAAAUUAAUAAUUCAAUUUAAUACGCUGCAGUGUCGGUCGUAAUGAUUGUAAAACUUUCUGUGUGGUAGAUACCCGGAGUACCGGGGCGUUUGGAUGGAAUAGGGUGAACACCACUAAUUUUAAGGUGGCUUUGAAUAUUUUAAUAUUGAAACAUUUGUUGUUCUAAAUUCACAGUACAAUAUUUAGGUAAAUUAAAAUUAUUCUACUGUCUAAAGGGGGACACGAUAAUAAUAAUAAUAAUAAUAAUAAUAAUAUAUUAUACAAGUGCGCCAUCCCGCAAUACCGAAAUCUACCUACCUAUACUAUAUUAAAUACGCUCUGUUGUUUUUAACAAACCAAUAUUUUUGUACAAAAAUGAUAUUCCACAUACCACCAGCGGUAAUGUAUUGUUUAUAAUAUAAUAUCCGUUACCUAUAAUUCCUAGCACUAUAAUAGGACGCAACUACAAUAAUCUGUGUAUUAAUACGAUACCCCUAUACAGGGUGUAACAGAAAGAUCUGACAAAAAAAAAAUAUGCUACUUAAACGUAUGAAAAAAAAUUGUUAAUAUUAUGUGAUUAGCAAAAAUUUAAGAAAUACACUCAUGUCAGCAAAUUCCCAAAAAUAAUAUUUUUUAAAAAGUUAUUACGUUUCAAAAUAAUUUAAUCAAAAAAUUAUAUAAGUAUACUAAAAAAAAAAAAAAAACUUUAAAAUUUUGAAUAUUUGAAUAUAGCAAAAGUUUUGGCAUUUGGCAGAUCUCGGUGGGACACCCUGUAUAUAUUAUUAUAUUAUUGUAUCGAGAUGGGACGUCAUUUUUUUCUCCGGAAGUUCCGACAAACGUAUUGUUGUUGCUGUUAUUGUUGUUUUUGUUGUUGUUGUUGUAGUUGUUGUUGUUUCGAACGGGGGCCUCAACUCCGGGACCUUUGACCAACGGCGGGUUAAGCCAAACCGUGUGAUCGAUAUAUCCGUACAACCGAUUUCCAUCCGGUCGGCAUUAUCGUUUUCAUCUCUAUUUAUAUCGUUAUAUUACUCUGCAGGUGAUCAUAAUAUUAUGUCUAUAAUUCUAAUAACACUCUGACUCAAGUACAUAUUAUGUAAUCAUGUACAUUUCCUUGGACUCGACGACUUGAUAAUACGAAAUAUCUGUCAUUUUAUUGUGAAACAUUAAAGCUAUAUACAUGUUUAAACAUCCAUCGUUAUACCUCUAUAUAUAUAUACCUACCUAUAAUACCUAUAUUAAAAAAUAAUAUGCUUUAAACUAUUGCAACUAUCUAAAAAUAGUAUUAAACUACCAUACACGUGUUAUAUAUAUUAUAUUAUACAAUAAUAUAAUAUAUUGACUAAUAACGUCUUCCAUUACAUCAUGUAUUGUAUCAUCUUCUAGUUACGCAUCCAUUUUGUUGAUUUCGUGUAGAGAGAUUCGUUUUAUCGUCCUUGUUUUCAUUCCAUUCGCUAAGUUAUUUUCUCGUAAUAUUUUACAUACUUUCUUAGUGUCGUUAAGUAAUUUUCAUUAUAAUCGUUUAAUGUACUAUUCGUUCUUGAUUGAUUUUCUAGGCUAUUGAACGUUUUACAGAUAUAACAUAUUUUAAAACUUCCUGACGAACUUGGCGUAAACUAUAAUAGUAAUUAUGUGUCAGGGGAAGAAAAUAAUAAUAAUAAUAAUAAUAGUAAUAAUAAUAAUAGGCCUCAUUCUUAUACCUACUCUUAUUCCAAAUUUGCAUUAUUUACUUGGUAAUAUUCAACAUUUUUGGGAAACACCUAUUUUUUUAUUCAAUAGGUUAUAAUUUAUAUUAUAUCCGUCCUCAUACCCAAUUAUAUUAUUGGUCAAAAGGGUUUCACAUGUAAUAUUGUUUUCACAGCAAUAAUUAAUUCGUAUUCGUAUUGUAAAAAAAAUAUAUUUAACCCAACGCAUCGUUGAAUAUUAUUAUUUACAAAAUAAAAUGUGAUAAAACAUCGAUAUAUUCAAAUUAUUUUUUAUCAAUUGUAUUGUAAAUUAAUGUUAAAAACCAAUAUUUAUUAAUAUUAUAACAAUAUGUGUAUAUUAUGAAUUAACUAUUUAAGCUAGCAAAACUAUUGUAAACUACAUAAUGUGCAGGUGGCCUACGUUGAAAACUUUAUACGAGAUUUUGUUUCAAAAGUUACCUUCCAAACUCUUAUCCAAAACACUCGUUAUGUUUAUUUUGUUAAAUUCCCAAACCCAACCAACCGUACCAUACAUAUCGAUCGAUCGUUUCUUAUUUUAUGUUGCUAUAAAUAAUUAUUAUUGUAUUAGUAUUGUGCUAAUGAUAUUAAUCUAUUAAUUUAUUGCUAUAAUCAUGUUUGUAAGUUCAAGUAUAGGGGCCUUUAUUUUUUAUAUAAUAUAUAACUUAGACGUUGAAUAUUUUAGUCGAAUCUGUUAAACUUCGGUUUUAGAUUGUUAUAACAAACAUUUACUAUAUAUCGUCAUUAUGAUUAACCAGGGUAAACGUAUUAAGCAAUGUGUUGUUUUUGUAUUAAUAUUUUAUUGUAAUUAUGCACUUAUAAUAAUUUUUUAACAUUUUUUUUUUAUAUAUAAUAUAUAUACCAAAUUCGGUUUCUAUACAAACAUUUAUAAAAAAAAAAAAAAAGAAAGAAAUGAAAAAAAAACGCAAGACAAUAUGAUAAUUAUAUUGUUUGAACCGAAACUAUUUAUUGUGUUACUGCCCAUAACGUAAUUUUUCGGUGUAUUUUCAAACGGUGUCUAUGAAAAAUUAUUAACUUGUCUAUGCUCCUCUAUUAUCUUAGUCUUAUACUUGAUAUUAUUAUUUUUGAUUUCAUUCAAAACGAGUAAGUUAUUAAUAUUGUUAUAUUUGAUUUGUAAAGAUAAAUGAAAUCAACAAUAAUACCUAAUCAUCUAUAUAUUUAAGCUGAAUAAAGUGCGCUUUUUGUCUAUACUUCCUAAUUUAA